CAGCUGCUCCACCUGCUGCCCCGCCCACCUGUGCUGCCCCGCCCACCUGUGCUGCCCCGCCUCCAUCCAGGUGGACUCUUCCUGGUUGUGAGUCAGUGAUCUGUGCUGCAGCUGCGUUGACACGGUGAGGGAGACUCUUCUUCCUCUUCAUCUCUUUGCAGAAACUGAAGUGAAGGUGGGAGGUGUGUGUGAGCUGAUGUGGAUCCAGUGAAUCCAGCAGCAUGGAUCAGGGGGAGGACACACAGGAGGGAGCCCCUUCCCCUCUAAGCAGAGAUGGUAACCAUGGCAACCAGAGCAAAGCUGAUAGGAACCAACCUGGACCUGAACCUGGAUCUGUAUCCAGCUGUGUGUCCAAAAGGAGUGACGAGUCAGAUGAUUAUUUAACUAAAUCCCAAAACAGUCAAUCAAGAGUGAAAGAGAUUCUACAGAGAUUUGGAUCUAAAUCCAGCAGUGUUUCCCCAAGGAGUGACAAGUCAACAAGUCAUAUUUCAGACUGCAAAGACAUCAGUCCAGCAGUGGAACAGAAUCAACAGAGACCUGGAUCCAGCUGUGGGUCCCCCAGGACAGACGUGUCAACGGAUUUUAAUCCAGACUCCAACGACGUCAGUUCAGGAGUGGAACAACUGGACCAGCAGAGCUCAGAGACUCCCAGUGGUCCGUCUGUCCAGCAGCAUCAAACACAGCUGGACUCCAUCUUUCUGCUGCUGGAGGACAACAUUGUCACUUUUGUCAAGAAGGAGCUGAAGAAGAUCCAGAAGCUUCUGAGUCACAGGGAGGAUGAGGAGGAGCUGGAGGAUGAAGAUGAAGAGCAGAGGAGCAGCAGAGAGUCACUGAUGAAGAUCACAGUGAACUUCCUGAGGAGAAUGAAGCAGGAGGAUCUGGCUGAUGGACUGCAGAGCAAAUCUGCUGCAGUUUGUCGACAUGAAGUCCAAUCUGGUCUGAAGAAGAAGUUCCAGUGUGUGUUUGAGGGGAUGGCUAAAGCAGGAAACCCAACCCUUCUGAAUGAGAUCUACACAGAGCUCUUCAUCACAGAGGGAGGAAGAGGAGAGCUGAAUGAAGAACAUGAGGUCAGACAGAUUGAAGCAGCAUCCAGGAAAGCAGACAGAGCAGAAACAAGCAUCAGACAAGAAGAGCUCUUCCAACUCCCAGCUGGAAGACCAGAACCAAUCAGAACCGUGAUGACUAAGGGAGUGGCUGGCAUCGGGAAAACAGUCUUAACACAGAAGUUCACUCUGGACUGGGCUGAAGGCAAAGCCCACCAGAACCUCCACUUCACAUUUCCAUUCACUUUCAGAGAGCUGAAUGUGCUGAAAGAGGAGAAGUUCAGCUUGGUGGAACUUGUUCAUCACUUCUUCCCUGAAACCAAACAAGCAGGAAUCUGCAGCUUUGAAGACUUCCAGGUCCUCUUCAUCUUUGAUGGUCUGGAUGAGUGGCGACUUCCUCUGGACUUCCACAAGACUCGGAUUCUGAAGGACCCUAGAAAGUCCACCUCAGUGGCUGAUCUGCUGACAAACCUCAUCAGGGGGAACCUGCUUCCCUCUGCUCUCCUCUGGAUAACCACACGACCUGCAGCAGCCAAUCAGAUCCCUCCAGGAUAUGUUGACAUGGAGACAGAGGUCAGAGGGUUCAAUGAUCCACAGAAGGAGGAGUACUUCAGGAAGAGGUUCAGAGAUGAAGAGCAGGCCAGCAGGAUCAUCUCCCACAUCCAGAGAUCCCGAAGCCUCCACAUCAUGUGCCACAUCCCAGUCUUCUGCUGGAUCACUGCUACAGUUCUGGAGGAUCUGCUGAAGAGCAGAGGAAGAGUAGAGCUGCCCAAGAGCCUGACUGAGAUGUACAUCCACUUCCUGGUGGUUCAGGCCAAAGUCAAGAAGGUCAAGUAUGAUGGAGGAGAUGAGACAGAUCCUCACUGGAGUCCAGAGAGCAGGAAGAUGAUGGAGUCUCUGGGAAAACUGGCUUUUGAGCAGCUGCAGAAAGGAAACCUGAUCUUCUAUGAAUCCGACCUGACAGAGUGUGGCAUCGAUAUCAGAGCAGCCUCAGUGUACUCAGGAGUGUUCACACAGGUCUUUAGAGAGGAGAGAGGCCUGUACCAGGACAAGGUCUUCUGCUUCAUCCAUCUGAGUGUUCAGGAGUUUCUGGCUGCUCUUCAUGUCCACCUGACCUUCAUCACCUCUGGACUCAACCUCAUGGAGGAAGAACAAUCACAGAUCUCUCAGCCUGAACAGAGCAGUCCAGUCCAGUUGUACCAGAGUGCUGUGGAGAAGGCCUUACAGAGUCCAAACGGACACCUGGACUUGUUCCUCCGCUUCCUCCUGGGUCUUUCACUGCAGACCAAUCAGAGUCUCCUACGAGGUCUGCUGACUCAGACAGGAAGUAGCUCACAGACCAAUCAGGAAACAGUCCAGUUCAUCAAGGAGAAGAUCAGUGAGGAUCUUUCUGCAGAGAAAAGCAUCAACCUGUUCCACUGUCUGAAUGAACUGAAUGAUGGUUCUCUAGUGGAGGAGAUCCAACAGUUCCUGAUGUCAGGACGUCUCUCCACAGAGAAACUGUCUCCUGCUCAGUGGUCUGCUCUGGUCUUCAUCUUACUGUCAUCAGAAGAAGAUCUGGAAGAGUUUAACCUCAAGAACUACUCUGGUUCAGAGGAGGCUCUUCUGAGGCUGCUGCCAGUGAUCAAAGCCUCCAACAAAGCUCUACUUGAUGACUGUAAUCUGUCAGAGAGAAGCUGUGCAGCUCUGUCCUCAGUUCUCAGCACUCAGUCCUCCAGACUCAGACAUCUGGACCUGAGUAACAACAACCUUCAAGAUUCAGGAGUGAAGCUACUGUCAGCUGGACUGGAGAGUCCAGACUGUAAACUGGAGACUCUCAGGUUGGAGAACUGCAGUUUGACAGAAAACAACUGUGAAGCUCUGGUCUCAGCUCUGAAGAAAAACCCGUCCAAUCUGACAGAACUGGACCUGAGCGAGAACAACCUGCAGGAUUCAGGAGUUCUUCAUCUGUGUGGUUUUCUGGAGAGUCCAGACUGCAGACUGCAGACUCUGAGGUUUGGGUUCUGCAGUUUGUCAAAGACCAGCUGUGCUGCUCUGGUCUCAGCUCUGAAGUCCAACCCGUCCCAUCUGACAGAACUGGACCUGAGCUACAACAACCUUUAUCCUAAAGAAGUUCAGCAGCUCCAGGAUCUGGUGGAGAGUCCAAACUCCAAACUGCAGACUCUGAGAUGGAAGGGCUGGUCAGUCUGAUGUUCCUCCUGGAGGAGCAGCAGCAGCAACAGCAGCUGCUCUGCAGAGAUGUGACUGGAUGGUGUUCCAUCUGAUGGGGAACUGCACUUCCUCUUCUCAUUCUAACUUGGAGUGUUGAUCUGAAACAUGGGUUGGAUUCAGAUGUUCAGCAGCUUCAGGAUCUGGA